GGCUCCAGACCGGCUCUGGACGAGAGAUCCCAGCCGCCUCUGGGGAGGAGAGGCGGGGGUCCUGCCGCCCUUCCAAAGAUCUCACCGCAUCUCUGCUCCUAUCUCCAAGGACCAUGACCUCAGAGAUCCCCAGAAAGGGCCUUCUGAUGCUGCUGGUGGCCUUGGGCCUAACCAAGGGAGGUGUGGUAAAGGCCUCCAGGGAUCGGCUGGUGAACUGCACUUGUGAGAGCCCACACUGCAAGAAACCAACCUGCCAGGGGGCAUGGUGCACAGUGGUGCUGGUUCGCGAACAGGGCGGGCACCCCCAGGUCUCUCGGGGCUGUGGGAACAUGAACCAGGAACUCUGUUUGGGACGCCCCACAGAGUCUUUUAAUCACCACUGCUGCUAUCGAUCCUUCUGCAACCACAAUGUGUCCUUGGUGCUGGAGGCCACCCCAACUCCUUCGGAGGGGCCAACAAAUACCCACCUGCCUCUGAUCUUGGGUCCCGUGCUGGCCUUGCUAGUCCUGGUGGCCUUGGGUGCUCUGGGCUUGUGGCAUGUCCGGCGAAGGCAGGAGAAGCAGCAGGGUCUGCACAGUGACCUGGGCGAGUCCAGCCUCAUCCUGAAGGCAUCCGAACAGGGAGACAGCAUGUUGGGGGACUUCCUGGACAGCGACUGUACCACGGGCAGUGGCUCGGGACUCCCUUUCCUAGUGCAGAGGACAGUAGCCCGGCAGGUCGCACUGGUGGAGUGUGUGGGAAAGGGCCGAUAUGGCGAGGUGUGGCGGGGUUCAUGGCACGGCGAGAGUGUGGCUGUCAAGAUUUUCUCCUCACGGGAUGAACAGUCCUGGUUCCGGGAGACGGAGAUCUACAACACAGUUCUGCUUAGGCACGACAACAUCCUAGGCUUCAUAGCCUCUGACAUGACCUCGCGCAACUCGAGCACGCAGCUGUGGCUCAUCACCCACUAUCACGAGCACGGCUCCCUCUAUGACUUUCUGCAGAGGCAGACGCUGGAGCCCCAGUUGGCCCUGAAGUUAGCCGUGUCCGCGGCCUGUGGCCUGGCACACCUGCAUGUAGAGAUCUUUGGCACUCAAGGCAAACCAGCCAUCGCCCAUCGUGACCUCAAGAGCCGCAAUGUACUGGUCAAGAGCAACUUGCAAUGUUGCAUUGCAGAUUUGGGACUGGCUGUGAUGCACUCCCAGGGUAGUGACUACCUGGACAUCGGCAACAACCCCCGAGUGGGGACCAAGAGGUACAUGGCACCCGAGGUGCUGGAUGAACAAAUCCGAACCGACUGCUUUGAGUCAUACAAGUGGACGGACGUUUGGGCCUUCGGCCUAGUGCUGUGGGAGAUCGCCCGGCGGACCAUCAUCAAUGGCAUUGUGGAGGAUUACAGGCCGCCCUUCUAUGACAUGGUACCUAAUGACCCCAGCUUUGAAGACAUGAAAAAGGUGGUGUGUGUUGACCAACAGACUCCCACCAUUCCUAACCGGCUGGCCGCAGAUCCGGUCCUCUCCGGGCUGGCCCAGAUGAUGCGGGAGUGCUGGUAUCCCAACCCCUCUGCUCGCCUUACUGCGCUGCGCAUCAAGAAGACUUUACAGAAGCUCAGCCACAACCCAGAGAAGCCCAAAGUGAUUCACUAGCCCAGGGUCUCUGGACUCCUCCACCUGAGGCGAGUGGUGGGGCAGAAGAUGAACCCUAUCUGGGUAGAAGUAGUGCAAGUGUGCACGCUGCCCUGUGUGUGCCUGCCCAGCUUGGCCCCCAGCCCAUCCAGUCAAAAAUACAACUGGG